UUUACUUUUUAUUUAAAAUUUACAAAACCUAUCAUCCUUAACCUACCAUAUCUCAAAGAUCGUGUAAUGGCUGCAUUAUGGUUGAACAAAUUAACUGAAAUAAACGAAAGUGUUCCGAAGGACAAUCUUCAUGUUGAAUAUUUGAAAUUAUUGUUAUUUGCGCUACAGAAAAAUAACCUUACAGGUAUUUUUGCAAAAUAUCCACCUGAAGGUUCACUUCCACAGUAUCCAGAGAUGAAUACGGCAAUGGACAUGAUAAAAUUAUUAAUUCCAACGGAAAAAAGUUCUUUUCCUUCAAUUUAUACUGUAAUAGGAAGUGGUAUGUCCGAAUUCGCUGCAAUUCAGGAAAUACCUAAUUUUGGAUUACAUGGUUAUUACGCUAUAUCUAAUGAACCUUUACCAUUGUAUGUGAAUAUUCAUUAAAUU